AUGGUGAUGUUCACGAAUAAGCGCCCUGGUCGGCGAGCAAUUGUGGGCAUUCUGGUCGCUGUCCUCCUGAUCAACGUGUACAUAUUCGGAAGAGACCGCUUCGAUGCUACCCUCUGGAUUGGACCUAUAGAUUCGCAAGUCGACAUCCCAGACUCCGGUUCUGGCUUAAGGAAUCUCGUCACGAGCCUAAAGUCUGGGAUUCGCCCUGCAGCUCCAUUGCCUCUGGCAGCGAGGCAGGAAACACUGUUGCGGGAUCUUUCUUUGCAACUUCACGAGCAGAAACCUCAAUGUUCUCCGCCAAAUGUGGACGGGCGCGUUGACGGGGUCACAUUUGAUCCACUGAACUUGAUGCCAAGACCGGACCAUGUCGUCAAUUCUGAUGACAUACAAGGGCCAAUGCAAGAGGCACACGAUGGCUUCGUUGCAGCAAUCAAUCAGCAGAAAGCUAGGCCUUAUAACAAAGGCACCAAGGGCAUCGUUUCGUCUGCCGGCGGCGAAUACCUGCCUACUUUUGUGGCGUCGCUACGCAUGAUCCGGCGGACCGGAUGCCAGUUGCCUGUGGAGGUCUUCCUCAUUGACUGGGUCGAAUAUGAGCCUUAUAUCUGUGAAGUGGUGCUACCACAGCUCAAUGCCCAAUGCAAGGUACUCGAAGAUAUCUUGGAUGUGGUUCGUGACGGGAAAGGCAAACCCUCCAAGCCCAUCAAGGUAGAACACUUUCAGAUCAAACCAUUUGCGAUGUUGCUGUCAUCAUUCGAAAGCUUUGUCUGGCUUGAUGCCGACUGCGUCCCCCUCCACGACCCAACUGUCCUAUUAGACUCUGACCCUUUUACCUCUACGGGACUUGUUACAUGGCCAGAUUUUUGGGCUAACACCGCAUCUUCUCUAUAUUUCAACAUUUCACGACAACCGGAGCCUGCUAUGACGGCUCGAGCAGCCACUGAGUCUGGGGUGAUGCUCAUCUCCAAAAAGACACAAUUCACAACCCUUCUUCUGGCUGUAUAUUACAACUACUAUGGCCCAGAAUAUUACUGGCCUUUGUUGGGCCAAGGUGCAUAUGGACAAGGCGAUAAGGACACCUUCAUACAGGCAGCCGGUGCGCUAGACGCGAGUUUCCAUACCGUCAGUGAGCCUGUGGUUGCCGUGGAGCGCGAUUAUGACAACGGAGCAUGGACAUUUACUGGAAUGGCGCAGGCGGAUCCCAUGGAAGACUAUAGUCUUACUAGUCAAGACAUAUGGCGUGUUACAAAUGCCACCGCCGCAAAUGCUCCACGGAUUUUCUUUCUCCACGCCUCAAAUCCCAAGUUCAACGCUGCACUUGAGCUUGUGAAGAAGUCCCGGAAAGGACGGCUUUAUACUCGACCGGAGGAUGCUCUCCGGCGCUUUGGAUAUGAUUUUGAGAAAUCAUACUGGGAGGAGGCCAUUACAGUAACGUGUACAUUGGAGCAUGCCUUUGAUUCAUGGAAAAAGAGUUCUGAGCUUUGUGAGGAUAUGCAACAACAUUGGAACCAGACAUUCUCGGACCCCGAUGCUGAGGCCCCCGAGUUCAGCAAUAAUCAAUCAAUAUAA